AUGUUUGAAACACAGUUAUUUUCCUGUUCUUCUAUGGACAGUAAUGAGACAUCUCAAGAUAAGAACAUGGGGAUCACCACAAGGAAACGUAGCUGUAAUUUUGUAAAUACUCCAUUACCCUGUAUUAACAAAGUUAUUCAUCACAUUCAAGAGUUUGAAGUAAAGAUGGAGAAAUGGCUUAAGCAGUAUGAUUAUGUGCUUAAGAAGGAGAAAAUACCAUGGCUAACAAAACAUGUCAAUGUAGAAUCUACUGAAGAUACCUGGUUAUCAUCAUUCACUAAGUUGGAUUCUAAAGAAGCUCCUGUAUCUGAUGAAGAUGGCAAGACAUUAACCUUGAAGCUGGAAGCAGAAGCUUUGCUGUGGGAAGUCACCGAGCUCAUCAGGCGGCUGGAGGCUGAGCGUGAGGAGGCAGAAAAAGCUCUGGAGCUGGAGAAGCAGAGAAGGAAAAUGCUCACCAUGAAAAUGGAUCGGAUGUCACUUUGGAGGCUUCAGGAGCUCCCUGCAGCUGUGCAAAAAGAAUAUGAGAUGUGUCUUCAAGAUAUCUUGGAGCUGCAGUGGCAUUUUGAUUGCAAACGCCGUCAGCUGCAACAGGUACAAACCCAAAUACUCCAGACAGAAGCAGCCAACAGAAAGAUUCAGGAGGAUAUAGACUUGAUGAAGAAACACAGCCCUCUGCUGGAAGAAAAGCUGAAACUGGAGAGUGAAGCUCUGCAGGCUGUGUUACAGGCCAAUGAAAAGGCAUUAAAAAUAUAUAAUGAUGUAUAUUGUGAACUCAUGGAAAUCCAGAAGACAAUUAAAAGAACUGAUGAAGAAUCUGAAAACAAGAUGAAACCUAUAUAUGAGAAAAUUAAACUUGCUGAGAUGCUAUGGAGUCAAUACAAGAAUGAGUUAAAGCAUUCUGAAUCUAUUUGGACCGAAUACUGUAUGAAGUUAAAAGAAACAGAGGAGAAGAUUAUAAAGGAUGAAAAACACCUUGAGGAGUUAGUGAAGCAAAAAGCAGAAAUCCAGGAAGAUGCAAAAUAUUGGAACAGCAAAAUAGAAGAACUGACUAAUAAAAUACCUACCCAAGAAGAGGACAUCAUAGAAGUAUCAGAUGCUCCUUCUGAAGUGUUUAAAACUGUGGAAGAAUUAAAAUCCACCAGGGAAAGUGAGCUACAGAAUACAAAGCAAAAGCUUCUCAAUACUAAUGAAGCACUGGACUUUCUCAAACUUGAAAAUGAAGAACUGAAACGAGAAAACGAAAAGUUUUUGCAAAAAAUUCGAAAUAGUUCAAGAAAAAAGAAGGCAUAUCAGUCAGAAAUCAAAAUACACUGCGAGAACCUUUCUAAGAUUGAAGAGGAAAUAGAAAGACUAAAUGAAGAUAUCCGUCGUGCUGAACUGUCCUACAGUGAAGCAAAAAAAAAGUAUGAUGACUUAAAAAAAACCAGAACUGCAGAAGAAAUGUCUUAUGAGAAUUUAGAGUCAAAUCUUAAAAAAGAAAUUGAAGAUCAAAAAGGAGUUUGCGAAUUGACUCAGGACAGGAUUAAAGCAAUAUAUGAUGAGCUAGGAGAGAAGAAAAAAGAGAAACUCAAGAAAGGAAAGGAAGAUAUGAAGAGGAUAGAAGACGUUGAGAGAAAAAUAGCUGAUCUAGAAGAAAAAUUUAAAAGAAAUAAAGAUAUAUGUAAAGAUAACCAUAAGAAGCUCUCCUAUUUGGAUCAGAGGAUACGAAACCUAGAUAAACAGCAGAAGCAAGCUAAACAAGAACUGGAACAAAAAAAAAGUACCAUGCAGCAACAAUUAUGUGACAUAGAGGAAAAAAUUUCAUUUAUUUCCAAACAAGUUGCUGAGAACUCUCACGCUACAGAAAAUUUAAGAAAAGAACUCAAAGAACUUAAUAAAUCGUGGAAAACGAAGCAAAUACAGGUGGAGAAGGCAGAAAAAUCUUUGACUGAUUUGUGGAAAACUCGAAGUGAUGUGAUGUUUAAGCAGCAAAGUGUUCAGAUGGUAUUUAAUCAUCUCCAAGAUGAGCUUGCAGAAUAUGAGAAAAGGUUAAAGCAGGAAGAGGAAGCAUAUGGAGAGUUACUACAGAUAAGAAAGAAAUACCUAAAAGAUUCAGAAGCUGCUCUGGAGGAAGCCAUUAAAGAAAAUCUCUGGCUAGCUCAAGAAUAUCAAAUCUUUCAGAACUACUACUUAAAUGAUAAAGAUGACCUCACAAAACUCUAUGAGAAUAGAAUCAGGGUGGAAGCUUACUUUAGAGAUCAUCAGCAGGGGGAGUUGUCAGAAGCACUCCAGCACAUGACCUCUUUCUUGCACUCCUUGACAGAUGGCUCGCCGGCUACAGACAACAAUGCAAACAACCAGUGUAUCUUGGAUGCCAAAAUCAAAGACAAGAAAAGUCACACAGUUCAGAUAACAGUGUAA